AUGUCUGCUGAAGCCGCCGCCGUCGAAGUUCAAGCCAACGAGGCUCCAAUUGUCGCCCCAAUCAUGUACAAGGUCGAAUCAAGUGAUGGACAAGUCUAUGAAAUCAGUGAUGAAGCAGUAAAGCAGUCGAACACCCUCUCCAAUCUGAUUUCUACAUGUGUUGCCAAUGAUGUUGCUUCAAUGGAUCCAAUUCCAAUUACCAAUGUCACCGGAAACAUCAUGAAGAUGGUCAUUGAGUGGUGUGAGAAACACAAAGGAGAAACACUUCCAGUUGAAGAUGACAGUGUUCCCAAGAACAUCACUGUUCCAGAAUGGGAUACCAACUUCUUGAAAAUCGACAACGACGUGCUCUUCGACUUGAUUGUUGCCUCCAACUUCCUUGAUGUGCCUGGAUUGAUGAGCUAUGCAUGCAAGAUGGUCGCCAACAUGGCUAUCGGAAAGUCCCCUGAUGAGAUGAGAGUUCUCUUUGCAAUUCCAACUGAUGAGGAGGAUGAAGCUGCCGAGAAGGCUGCAAAGGAGAAGGCUGAAGCUGAGAAAAAGGCAAUCACAGAGAAGGACGCAGCUGAACCAUCAACUUCCAAGUAA